GCCGGCAUAGUGAAUCCAACCAACCAAUCUCGCAUUAUUGUCUUCAGCUUGCAUACGGAUUCAGUAAUCUCAACACACAAACUAGCCUCUGCAGCUUUGUUCGGUUCGGGGCACCUUCAGGAUGGCCAUGGAACAGGUGGAAGUUCCUAGCAGGGUAUGUUUGCGACCCAGCUAACCCACAACUCCACACACCGGACAGCGUUCCGUUUGAUGGACUGGCUUGCUUACUCUGUGGGAAUUACAGUCGUAUUUCAUUCGCUGGGUGGAGUGCUCAAAGAAUUUUACCAUAUCGUGGAGCAUAAAGCCUCAUAAGAAGUCACUGUGGGUGGCUAGUUACUCCAUAUCCGCCAUCGGGGCAUCCGAAACCCUCGAUAACUGACCCCGUGAAUGCAGGAAUUUUGGAAUCUUUAGGCAUCCGAGAGCGGGGAAUCAAUCAGCUUCGCAGCUCCAACCUCCCCCUACUGCUAGGUCCGAUGACACGUCUAGUAUAAGGCGGCCUAGCAGCUCAAGGGGUCGGAGUAGUGAAGGGGACUGUGUUGAGCGGUUACACGCAGCAGGCUUGUUAGAUGUGUACUGGCAUGGAAAGGUGGAGGCAGAGAAGGUUACAACCGGCACGCAUCAGGUAAAAGAAGGUGGCAUGUUUGCGCUGGUAUGGGCACCCCCGGGAUUGCAUUCCGCAACUGCACCACUAACUUGCGCUCGGGUGUAGGUUUUCGACAAUACCUUCUCCAAGCAGGUCGCGAAAACAGCUACUCUGGUAUUGCUGACGUACCCCUCUACCUCCCCUCCUCCGGCUUCGCAUGCUCUCCACCACUUUGACUCCGCCCAAACCCUCGCUUCGACUGCAUCGCUGGGUGGAAAGGGACCGGGACACGGGCCUGGCGCGUCUGUCGAAACAUUCUCAGUGCAUGGGCAGGAUGGCGCCACUCAUGACAAGGAAUCCGUCUACUCUGCACAUGGCUUCCACACAGGUGUCUUGAAGAAGCGUAAGCGCAAGAGGCAUCAGGGCUACGCCCGCCGCUUUUUCUCCUUGGAUUUCACUUCUUCAACCCUAUCAUACUACUUGAAUCGGGAGUCCUCGGCGCUUCGUGGAGCUAUUCCACUAUCUUUGGCUGCGAUUAGCGCGAGCGAGAAGGAGAGGGAGAUUUGUAUUGAUUCCGGAGCCGAGGUGUGGCAUCUAAGGGCAAAUUCUUUUCGGGAAUGGGAGCAAUGGAAGUCUGCCCUGGAGAAGGCCGCGCAGCAUGCGAUGAAGGCCGGUACCACCGGUGAUGAGCACAUGCCUCUACCGGAUGCGCAACAGUCGGCUGCUGUCAACACCCAAAGCCAAGUAAUGGAAGACCGGGGGUGGGUGGGGGUUGAGGCUUUGGUUGGACGUGUUGCCGGUGUUCGGGAUGCUGUGAGAAGGCUCGCAACUGCUGCCGAGCAACCCGCACCGCCUGGAAUUGGCGAAGCUGGUGCUGAGGCGAGCACUUCGUCAAUGUCUGUCCAUUCGUUGGUGGAGCAGAAGGAUAAGGAGCGUAGAAGACCGUUUUGGAAACGCAAGGCGAGCGGUGGGACAUCGCCUUCGGCUUCUUCGCAAUCUCUGCAUCCCACAUCUACAGUUGCUGCUGCCGUGACAGCGGUGGCGGCUCCUGUUCUGCCUAAUGGAGUGGCUGGGAACAUGCCGCUCCACCAAGGACAGAAUAUGAGCGGACAUCUCAAUGCACUCCUUACAGAUCUUGAUUCAGUUGUUGCGGACUUCUCCAAAUUAGUUGCAGAGAACAAACAGAGGAGGUGGCUAAGCCAUCGCGUAUCGCAACAUCAGUCUGCGUCACCUAUGGUCGCUUCUAGAGUUAGCAUAGAAUCCUCAGCAUCAGAAGAAUUCUUCGAUGCCGAGGACGCUAUGGUAGAAGGGGAACAAGGUAGGGUUGUGCUUCUGAAUGACGACGAGAGCUCCGCACGCGGGGCGCCAAGCUCGCGUGUGACAGAUGAUGAAGAGAGUGAUGAGGAGGAGGAGGGCUUCGAUAACGAUCACCCUCCGCGAUCUGCCGCUAAGCUUGAGGAUGAAGGUGUCACGGGCGCGGAUGGAAUGAGAGAUUUGAGUCCUUUACCUCUGGAACCCGUAGAGCGACGUGCUUUGGUAUCUGCCGCUACCGUGAUGCCGCCUAGCCUGAUUGGAUUUCUGAGGAAAAACGUAAGCACGAGAUCUCCUGCUCAGUUUGUUGGCUAACUUUUUGAUCUAGGUCGGAAAAGAUCUUUCAACCAUUGCAAUGCCGGUUUCUGCAAAUGAGCCAACAAGUCUUUUGCAGAGACUUUCGGAGCAGUUGGAAUAUUCGGAGCUACUGGAUGAAGCUACCAACGCUCCUACAGAGAACGGGGAACGGCUGCUCUAUGUUGCUGCAUUCGCUACUAGCUCCUUCUCGAACAGCAGGGUAAAGGAGAGAUCUAUACGCAAGCCAUUUAAUCCGAUGUUGGGUGAAACGUAUGAAUUGGUUAGAGAGGAUAAGGGUAAGAAUGCUCCUGGGCAAGCUGCACCUGAUAUCUAGGAAUCCUGACAUCCUCUAGGUUUCCGUUUCAUUGCCGAGAAAGUCUCACAUCGACCAGUCAUCAUGGCCUGUCAAGCGGAUUCCCAAAAUUGGACAUUCACUCAAUCCCCCAUGCCGACGCAGAAGUUCUGGGGUAAAUCCGCAGAACUUAACACCUCGGGCCGAGUUCGAAUCCACUUCCCAUCGACGGGCGAUUCCUUUUCCUGGACGAUCGCAACCAGCUUCCUCCGUAACAUCAUUGCCGGAGAAAAGUACGUGGAGCCCGUAGGGUCCAUGACUGUUCAUCACGAAAACACGGGCGAGAAAGCCACAGUAACCUUCAAAGCCAAUAAAGGCAUGUUCGCUGGACGCAGCGAGGAGGUGACAAUCCAAGCAUUCGAUUCCUCCGGCAACCCCUACCCAUUAAGCCUUUCCGGGAAAUGGACAGAGAAACUCGUGCUUGAGGGCGGCGGCUCCCCGAGGAAAUUCUGGGAAGUGAAGGAGCUGGUGGAAAACGCACAGACACGCUACGGCUUCACAAGGUUCGCCGCGUCACUCAAUGAGAUGACUCCCAUCGAGCAGGGCAAGAUCCCCGCUACAGACACCAGACACCGGCCCGACCAACGCAUGGUGGAGGAGGGUCGCUUGGAUGAGGCCGAGGCCGUGAAGAUGAAGCUUGAAGAGGCCCAACGAGUACGACGCAAGGAAAUGGAAGACAAUGGGGAAAGCUGGCAGCCCAGAUGGUUCGUCAAGGUACGGGAAUACGCCGACGAGGAGAUUUGGAAGAUGAAGACGGGCAAGGAGGGAUACUGGGAGCAGAGGAACAAGGGGGAAUGGGAGGGGGCGCCCGUGAUCUUUGAGGGGUAGAUGAUUGGAAAGCAGAGGGAUGGAUAGAUGGAUAUAUAUCUGCGGUGUGCGUGUCUCGGUUGAGGGAAAGACAGCCCCGGAUAGUAUAUAUAUGUAUAUACUGGCCGAUGCCUAUAUAUUUCAUUUUAUAUUUAUUCUCUUCUCCCCCUCCAUCUCCUUCUUUCUUCUAUUUUUACUAUUGUCUGGUUGGAGCGAGGUUAUAUUAUGAUAGAUGGGGAGAAUUUGGAUGGAUCGGGAUAAAAUAGAAGCCGGUUUGGGUACCUU